AUGGAGCAGCAAGCAAGCGACUACUUGCAAACAGCCGGAUACGUAUCUGUGCCAUCCUCGCCCGCUCUCUCUAACUCACCCGCAUCGUUACAUACGCCCAUUGGCGAAGAGCAGGAAACGCUCAGUUGUAUGGGACGUAGAGCUUCGCAACUCGUCGAUACACUUGGGGAUGAACAUCCUCUGGCUGCCCUACCGCGACGCGUAGCCCCAAUUCGGUCACUGUCGAGAGGAAGCUCCCUGGCGGGCACACCGCUCGCGUCGCCAUGCUACCCAGUAGAGACGCCUUUGCUCGUGAAUGCGCGCUCAAGCAGCACCGAUCGCUUGAGGCGCCAUCGAUCGACUUGGUCUGCAAGCGCAGUCGAUUCUGUCAUCCUGGACGAGCUGCGUCAGUCACAAGUUGGCCUCGCAUUUUCCUCGCCACCUGCAGCACUCGAUCAUCUGGCAGACGUCUCCAUCACAGCCGCGGAUGACGGCAAUACGUCGACUGAUCAAUUGAUCUACCCUGUGCCCCGCCCGGCAAAUGCGGUCAGAGUGCACACGAGCAGUCUGCCGUACGUCCACACGAUCAGUCCCUCACCAAAAAAGAGCGCACUCAGCCGCUCUGCAUCACUGGCCCAGACGGGCGUCACGCGAGGUGCGAAUCUGCUGCGGAGCAUCAGUCAGCGCAGUGCCCGCACUGGCUAUUGGUCAAGUAACAACGGACUCGUCGACUCCCAAGAAGACCGCAUAUCCUCACAGUCGCAGCUUCAAUCGUCUUUCAUUGGACCUGAGACCGAGGUCUGGCAGCCUCCGGCGGAAACUGCAGCCACUUCGCUAGAUCGACCUAUCUCUCUCGUUCUUCCGAGCUACAAUGAGGGUGACGACACAAACAGUUCAGAAGGACACUGGGGGUCAAACAGUGGCCCUCGUACCUCAUAUUCUGCCCAGCGGCACCUCGCUGGCUCGACCUCGCCAUCCCACGUGGAAGUUGUGCAAUCUGCCAUGGCGUCCCUAACGCGUACGGCAGACCGCAUAGGCUGGGCACCAUCGACCAACAUGUUCGGCGCGCCUUUGACGCCCGACGCACGUAGCAGGCUCUCUUUGGUUGAGUCUGAAUGGAUUCAGCGCCACUCAAUGUGCUCACCGGACGAGUCGGGGAUACUUUGCGAUACAGUCUCCAGCGAGGCAGGCGAUAAGGAUGAGAAAUUUGCGGCCCCGUCGCAAGCGCCCACAGCAUCCGCUAGAUCAAGACAAGCCGCAUGGGAUCAAGGCUCGCCAUGGGCAUUGCUGCAAUUCCUGACAUACAAGGACAUGGCGCUAAUGUUCGUUGGGUGCAUCGCAGCAUUGGGCGCCGGCUUAGUAAGGCCUCUGACAUCCAUAGUAUUGGGCAGCUUCACGAAUGCCUUCACGUCAUACGGAUCAAACCCGAGCUUCGAAAGCCGGACGAUCUUGCUUUCGACGGCCAAUCGACUGAGUCUCGAUGUCACCAUGCUCGGUCUCGUCACCCUUGCCUGUGGCUUCGUCCUCGCAUCGACAUAUCAGAUAGUCGCAGAACGCGUCGCUCAACGUUUGCGCGUCUGCACCUUCCAGCGCGCCUUGUCGCAAGAAAUUGCCUAUCACGAGGUUCACGGCUCAGCAGAGCUUGUCGGCGUUAUCAAGACGGAUAUCUCACUCAUACAAGAGGCACUAGGCGAGAAGCUGCCUUACUUUAUCCUCUACACGUCAACAUUUGUGUCCGGAUUCGUCGUAGCACUUGUUAAGUCGUGGCAGCUAGGUGUGCUCCUGGGAAUGACAGUCUUGCCAGCCAUUCUCAUCUCCGGCUGGUUCAUUCAGACCCUGACAGCUAAAUUUGCUCGGAAAGCAUCGCGCUCAUAUUCGGCUGCGUCUCUCGCAAGCGAAGAGAUCGUGUCCUCGAUACGAACUGUGCUUGCCUUCAACGCUCAGCAUGCACUACGCGACCUCUAUCAGUCGCGGCUGAAAACUUCGAUGCAGUACUCGCAUCGCAAGUCACUCUUUCGCGCGAUUACUAUUGCGACUGCCGUCUGGAUUAUCUUUUCUGCAUAUGCCUUGGCUUUCUACUACGGUACGACUUUGCUACUUCAAGGCAAAGCCACCCCUGGCUCCGUCAUCUCCGUCUUCUUUGCAAUUCUCGUCAGCUGCCUUGGCCUCACAUCAGCAGCACCGAUCUUAGAAAGCUUUGCGCGAGCUUCCGCUGCUGCCGCUGUCAUUGCCGGCAUCAUUCAGCGAGUGCCGAGACUUGUCCGAUCCGGCGUAAAGGCUCCCGACUACGUCGGCGGUAGGCUGACCCUUGAAAAUCUCGUUUUCGCUUAUCCCUCGCGAGACAACGUCAGGGCGCUCGAUGGCGCUUCACUCAUCAUGGAGGCUGGCGAAACAACAGCGCUUGUGGGCGAAAGCGGAAGCGGCAAGAGUACCGUGCUGCAACUUUUGCUUCGAUUCUAUGUCCCUGCCAGUGGCGCGAUCACAUUGGACGAUCAGGAGCUCGACGAGUACAGCUUGGAAUGGCUGCGUGAUCAGAUCGGCUACCUUCCUCAGGAGCCCAAUCUCUUCUCGGUCUCCGUCAGAGAUAAUGUGGUCCUCGGCAUUCCUACGGCUAUGGUGAAGGGCAGGAGCGAGGAAGAAUUGACAGAUCUGGUCAUUAUUGCCUGCAAACGUGCGAAUGCGCACGAUUUCAUCGUUGGUCUUACCGAGGGGUAUGAGACCAAUGUUGGCGAGCGGGGCUCUCUUCUGUCUGGUGGACAGCGGCAACGUGUUGCCCUUGCGCGCGCCAUUGUUUCGGAUCCGCCCAUCCUCAUCUUCGAUGAACCGACGUCCGCGCUAGAUGCCGAAUCGGAGCGCAUCGUGCAGGCUGCUUUGGAUGAAGCAUGUCUGGGCAAGACGACGAUCAUAGUAGCGCAUCGUCUAGCGACUAUUCGAAAUGCGCACAAGAUUGUCGUCAUGCAAAGCGGUCGCCCUGUUGAAGAGGGCACGCACGACAGCCUGCUCGAAGAGGAGGGCAUCUAUUCGAGACUCGUAGCAGCACAACAGAUUCACGAGAGCGCAACAGCAAACCCCGGCACGCUGUCGAUAAGUCAAGGUACAGCCAGUCCGGAUGCAGAGGGUAGCCGAAGCUUCACAUCGAGUGCCGCAUAUGCCGCCCUCUACACGAAUGCAAUGCAUCCACCGAACCAGAGCGUGCAGGGCAAGCCGCGCGCUUCGUCUCUGGCGCAUCUCAGCACAGUAACGUAUGACUCGGUCGCUUCGUUGCCUUCAUCUGCAAUGAGCUCGUUCACGCUGCAUGACCAGGCUUUCCUCACAACGAUGCAAGCACGAGCCACGCCGAGCACAGUCACCACGUGGCAAGCCUUGCUCACCAUUCUCAACCUUGCCAAAGGCUUCAAACGAUAUCUCGUACUUGCCGCGAUCGCAACCUUGAUCUCAGGUUGCCUAUAUCCUGCAUUAUCCAUCAUUCUGGGCGCUACCAUCACUGGCUACGAGAACUCGCUCGUCACGAUGGACAGGGAAGAGCUCAGAUCUGACGGCAAUCGCUAUCCAUCAUAUUUUUUUAUCCUGGCUGUCGUGGGUCUCUUCUCGCUCACAGCCGAAUGGUUCUGCUUCGGAUCGACUGCAGACCGUUUGGCUGUCGCCAUCCGCGCAAAAGUGCUGGAUACUUUGCUCAGUAUGCCCGUCGCAUUUUACGACGAGCGGGGGAACUCCUCGACUGAGCUCGUCGCAUUCAUCGACUCCAGUGCGCAGAAUAUCAUCGGCCUUGCCGGCAGCACAAUGGGUGCAAUCAUGGAGAGCGCCGUCACUUUGGCGGCGGGCGCGACCGUGGCGCUUAUAUCAGGCUGGAAGCUUGCCUUGCUCACAAUCUCUCUCGUACCUAUCGUGAUUAUUCUUGGCCUGAUGCGGAUCUGGUUGCUCAGCAUCAAAGACCAGCAGACGCGCAGCUUAUUCGGCCAAGUCAUUGUCCGUAUUGGCGAGAGCUUCACCAGCAUUCGCAUUACCAGCGCAUACCCAAGCAUAUCGGAGGCAAUGAACACUGCCGUCGUCAAAGGUCUCGAGGAGCCAUAUAAAACUUCUGCCAGAUGGGUCCCACGCGAGUCAUUGGCUUACGCUGUCACGCAAAUGUUCCUUAUUUGGAUCAUCGCCGUUGCCUUCUGGUUCGGUAGCCGACUGAUUGCGCAAGGCAUGUUCACCGUUGGCGGCUUCUACACGGUCUUUAUAUCUGUCGUCUUUGGCGCGAUGCACGCGGGAACGAUGCUUCUCUACGCAGGCGACAUCUCAAAGGCCUCAUCGUCAGCCAAGGCGGUCACAGCGCUCAUCAGAAGGGCAGAUGCAGAAAAUCUUCAGGACAACAGCAAGGCGAUGCCUGUCCUCCAAGGCAACAUCCUGUUCGAGAAUGUCUCAUUUGCUUACCCUUCACGUCCCAAUCUCGUCAUACUCUCCUCCCUCAGUUUCUCGAUUCAGCCCGGCCAAUUUGUGGCAUUUGUUGGCGAAAGUGGGAGCGGUAAGAGCACAAUAACACAGCUACUCUUUCGAUUUUACGAUCCGGCAUCUGGGCGGAUCUCUGUUGAUGGCAACGAUAUACGGCAUUACGAUACGGAGAGCUAUCGCGCUCAGCUGUCAUUUGUGCCGCAAGAGCCAGUGAUGUACGAUGGCACCAUCAAAUUCAACGUUCAGCUCGGCAACAAGGGCAGGCCUUGUACAACUGCAGCAAUAGAGCAAGCCUGCAAAGAGGCGGGUAUAUGGACGUUCAUCACUGGGUUGCCGCAAGGGCUUGACACCGAGCUCGGUGGCAAAGGCGUUGCGUUGUCGGGGGGGCAAAAGCAAAGGUUAGCGAUUGCGCGCGCAUUGAUCAGUAAGCCAAAGCUGCUUAUUCUCGACGAAGCGACCUCUGCACUUGAUGCUGGCAGCGAGCGUAAGGUGCAGGACGCGCUCGAUCGCGCGGCGGCAGAGAAUGGGAGGACCACUGUCGCAAUCGCGCAUCGGCUCGCCACCAUACAAAAGGCAGACGUCAUAUUUGUGCUUUCCGAAGGCAAAAUCAUCGAGGCGGGCACGCAUAGCUCGCUGUUGGCAUUUGGUGGACUGUACGCUCAGCUAGCGAGCAAGCAAGCUCUGAGGUAA